GUCGCUGCCCGGCCCCGGAGCGAUGUCGGGCGGCGCGGCGAGCGCCCCCAAGCCCCUCCCGUCCUCCGGGCCCAAGUCGCUGCGGGAGAUGCCGCAUCCCCUGGCCACGUCCAGCAGCGAGGAGAUGGGGCCGGCGCUCACCCCCAGCCCUGACCUGCUCCUGCCCCGCAGCAUCGCCGACAAGGAUCUUAGUCUGCCUAAUGGCACACCUGUGGACACUUCUAGCCCAGCCUCCUCCUCAUCUCUCCUUAACAGAUUGCAGCUGGAUGAUGACUUGGAUGUGGAAACUAGAGACCUCUUUGUUACUGUUGAUGAUCCCAAAAAACACGUGUGCACGAUGGAGACGUAUAUCACAUACAGGGUUACAACAAAGACUACACGAGCAGAGUUUGAUUUGCCAGAGUAUUCUGUCCGUCGGCGGUACCAAGACUUCGACUGGUUGAGAAACAAGCUGGAAGAGUCUCAGCCAACGCAUCUCAUUCCCCCUCUUCCUGAGAAAUUUGUGGUGAAGGGUGUUGUUGAUCGCUUUUCUGAAGAGUUCGUGGAGACAAGGAGGAAAGCAUUAGACAAGUUCUUGAAGAGAAUAACUGAUCACCCAGUGCUUUCUUUCAAUGAGCACUUCAACGUCUUUCUCACAGCCAAGGAUCUUAAUGCCUACAAAAAGCAAGGAAUGGCAUUGCUGUCAAAGAUGGGGGAAUCUGUCAAAUAUGUUACAGGAGGCUACAAAUUAAGAAGUCGACCACUGGAGUUUGCAGCCAUUGGGGAUUAUCUAGACACAUUCUCUCUAAAGCUUGGUACCAUUGACAGAAUAGCACAGCGGAUCAUCAAAGAACAGUUGGAAUACUUGGUGGAACUACGAGAAUAUGGACCUGUUUAUUCAACCUGGGGAGGGCUGGAGGUUGAGCUGUCAGAGCCACUGGAAGGGGUGUCUGCCUGUAUUGGAAAUUGUUGCACGGCUCUUGAAGAACUCAGUGAAGACAUGACAGAAGACUUCCUGCCUGUGCUUAGGGAAUAUAUAUUGUAUGCUGAGUCAAUGAAGAAUGUGUUGAAGAAGAGAGACCAAGUUCAAGCAGAGUAUGAAGCAAAACUGGAAGCAGUAGCCUUGAAAAAGGAAGACCGUCCAAAGGUACCCACAGAUGUUGAGAAAUGUCAAGACCGAGUAGAAUGUUUCAAUGCUGACCUGAAAGCAGAUAUGGAGAGAUGGCAGAACAACAAAAGACAAGACUUUAGGCAGCUACUCAUGGGGAUGGCAGAUAAAAACAUCCAGUACUACGAGAAGUGCCUUACGGCGUGGGAGUCAAUUAUACCACUAUUGCAAGACAAGCCAGAGACCAAAUAAGAAGUACCUUCAUGGACAGUCUAGCACUUCUAUGCUCAGUACCACUAGACAUACUGGAACUGUAUGAAGGACUCUUUUUUGUCAAGUUAACUGAAAUGACAGCUGCACUUAGGCUGGAACAGACGCUCUGAAAACUAUUUGAAUUUUUUUUCCUCAAUUUUUGUGUUUAAACUGGGGUAUGUUUCAUCUUUUUGAGUUAUCUUGAAUGGUUCCUUCUUUAUCCUAAGGAGUGAUUGGGGUUUCAUAGUGAAAAUGCAUGGGGAUCUUGAUAAAACUUACCUCUCUAGUCUGGAAGGAACUGAUGAGUGGAGCACUAAAAAGAUGAAAAUAAAACUCUACUGCAAGGUGCCAUAUGACAUCUUUAUUACCAUUCUGUUUUGUUUGCUAAAAAAAAAAUAAUAAUUAUUUCUAUGAUACUGUACUCCCUAACCAAUCCUUAUCUUUUUUUUUUUUUUUUUUUGAAUAGACAGGGAAAGGCUGGGAAAGAAUAUUUUCUGUUUCACUGCAGCCCAUAUGCUCCCUCUGAAUAAAAUGGUCUCUGGAGACUUUUCUGUUUGGGAGUUGGUCUGGUCUUAGAACAUACCACCACCACCCACAGAUAGCCUGUGGUGCGAGCAUGAACUGUGGUUUUUGUGAGUGUGGCAUGCUGUUGGUUCCUACUGAGUAUCGUUGUUUACCUUGGUGAUUAUGAAGUAAUGUCAGUUGGCUGAAGUGUACUUGUGACUGACUUGGGGAUUGGAAUCAGCCUAGCUGCAGGAAUGAGCUGAACAGCAGCCUUUCAAGGGCCCCUUUUAUGGGAAUAGUGGAGGAAGUAUGAGUCUUUAACUUUUCUAAAGCUAGCUCCAGAAGUUGCACGGUGCAAUUCUCUUGGACCAUGCUUUAAAUAUGGGUUUUACUAGAGCCUCUUCAGGCUUGGUCACUUAAGAUGCCUGCUGUAAUAAAGGUAGGACUCUGCUUCCUCUCCCUGUGUGUUUUUUUUGCAGCAGCCAAAAAGUGUCAGAUGUUUGCUUCCACUAAGCAUCAGCGUGUGUGAAACUUGCCUUAAAUGGCUUGGUGGGAGGUAGAUGGGUACCCUGGUAGGUACAGAGUGUUCACACCUGUCUCUGCUGAACCACAUGGCAAGUCUUUUAAGAGACUACUUUCGUUACAGAUCUAUUUUCUUAGUAGUUUUUAUUGGCCUUUAGAAAUGUAACUGCUUCUGCAAGUCCCUUUUUUUCUUCUUUCUCUUGCAGUCCAACCUCAAGUAAAUGCCGAUUCGGUGUUGGUGGCCUUAGGAAUGCUGAUGUGAUUCCCAUGGUCCUAGAGUCUUGAUUUAACAGCAUGCAAAUAAAUCUUUUUUAACCAUCCUAAGGGUGGGGUUUGGGGCUUGUAUCAGUGUAAUAUUUGGAUUUGAGGGAAUAAAUAACUCAGUGCUUACUGCUAAAUUUUAGUGAUUACUUGAUCUCUGUUAACAUUCUUGCAAAGAACCUGAGCAGUAAUUGAGAAUGUCCAAAUUCUGUGUUCUCCUGUGACAACCUAUCGGGUUUGGAAUUUGUCUGUUUUGGAAUUUGUCCCUUCAUAAACACCAAGUGAACCUGCAGCCUACUCAGCUUGUUGGCUUUAUAGCAACUCAAGAUGAGUUAUUGCAGUACUGUGGUAGCUCUCAGGCUAAUGAGGUGGUGCUCUCUGAAUGAAAAAGUCAAGUUUAAGACAUUUUAAGAGGUCUUCCUUUUUGAUUCAGCCUUCACUGACAACUCUCUGGUACUAAACAAACUAUGCUUCUUGUUUUAAACUCAGUUUGUCUGUACACUUAUGUGGUGUAAAUGAGAAUUCUGCAUUAAGUUAUUGUUAGGUUCAGAAUAACAGACUACUCUUGUUGUGCAAGGGAAGUACUUAGGGGGAUCAUCUUGAAGCAGUCUUUCCUUCUAGAAUAAGCACUUGCAUACUAUCUAAGAGUCUGACCUUCAGGGUUACGGUCUUACCUGUUCUCCACAAACAGAGAUCAACAUAAUUUUGGAGUUGUUUCCUGCGUGGUAAAUGGAAUUUUGUAGUUGACUCUACAACAUCACUGGGAGUCAAGCAAAAUAUAAUUUGAACUAAUACUUAGUCAGUGUUCCCUCCAUCUUAUUAAAAAAAAAAAAA